CCCCGACCAUUCCACCAGCAUCAGCUCACCGGACCCGCGUGUCUGUAAAAUUGUGUCAUACGAGUUACACAUUGUACGGAUACGACGUCGCCGCUGCAGUCGCAAACAUCGCCGGUUUUGCAAUUGAUUCGAUUUACGAUAUACCGGUUAUUAUUUUCCUUCACAUUUUCAUUUCCUUCUUUAUUAUUCUUCUUCGGUUAUCGACGACGAGAGAUAUUGUUUCCACAAAUUGGCGUCUGUCGCCGAUUGAUUUUCCGGUCGUCUGCUGCGGAGGGCGCGAUAAUUAACUGGUGAAAUUCGUGUAUCCUACAAGCUGCAAGCUUUAGCUGCUGACGUUUUUCAGACAAUACGGGAAAAGUCGAGAGGUGCGGUUUCAAAGUGAAUAACGAGGGAUAGAUAGACGGUUCCUAUUCCUCCGAUAGAACCUCGCAGCAAAGUGAAACAUAUAAAUCGAUUCCUUCAUUGAUGCAGGAUUUAAAAAAGCUCCGAUUCUUCACCCAAGUCAAAUAUAUCCGUCGACUGAUCGCGUAGAUCGAAGGGGCGAGAAUACUUUGUGUACGUUUCGUACACGGAGAAAUAAAUAAUCAAAUAAAUAAUAACCUGGUUUCCGGUAAAAACGAAGAGUAAGAAAGACUAAAAGCAAACAAAAAUCAGAAUAAAAAUACAAAAAAGAAGAAAGACACAGUGUUGAGUGUGGUGAUAACGUUUCGGCCUUAACGAGUAGACGCGAAACGGCAAGCUGGCGUCCGCGGCGGCAGAAUUAGUGGCGGAGCGUGAGCCAGAGCCGCGCAAUGAAAUCCAGGACACGAACAGGACCGGAGCUUUCGGGGGCGCCAUGGGGGCGGAAUACCUCGUCAGGAUGGCCCUCGAUCAGUACACGGAGAUCCUGACGACGGUAUCGGACCCAAGAGUGAGCGACUGGCCCCUUAUGGACUCGCCGAUCCCCACCUUCCUCAUCGUCGUCCUCUACCUCUACGGCGUGACGAUAUUCGGUCCGAGGGUGAUGGCGAAUAAAAAACCCUUCCAGCUUCGCGGCACCCUUAUCGCCUACAACGCCUUCCAGGUCCUCUUCUCGUUGGGGAUGAUGUACGAGCAUCUGAUGUCGGGAUGGCUGCUGGACUACAGCUACAAAUGUCAGCCGGUCGAUUAUUCUCACAAUCCGUCCGCCUUGCGGAUGGCCAAUUUGUGCUGGUGGUACUUCAUCAGUAAAUUUACCGAAUUCGCAGACACGAUAUUCUUCGUUCUACGCAAAAAGGACAGCCAGGUGUCGUUCCUUCACCUCUACCAUCACUCUUUGACGCCCCUCGAGACUUGGGUGUGCGUGAAAUUCAUCGCCGGGGGCCACGGGACACUUGGAAAUUUGAUAAACAACGCCGUUCACGUAGUCAUGUACGCCUACUACAUGCUAUCGGCGAUGGGACCCGAGUACCAAAAGUACCUCUGGUGGAAAAAACACCUCACCACAGUUCAGUUGGUACAAUUUUUCCUCGUCUUCGUGCACAGCACCCAAGCCUUGGUGUUUGACUGCGGAUACCCGAAACUAGUCGCCGGACUUUUGCUCCUACACUCGACAAUAUUCUUCGUCCUGUUCUCGGACUUUUACAACCAAGCUUACCGCAGAGCACAGGCGAAGAAGCUGACUAUCCAACAAAAGGCUGUUAAAUCAGAUUAGUUCAAAGACGCGCGCGCCAAUUCUUAUUCCCUUAUUUUCAUUGUCAUUUUUUUUUUUUUUUUCUUUCUUUUUCUUUUAUUUUGAUUUUUUUUCUCUCCCCAUCACGUCCUAACUUCUUUUCUACCUUAUCCCGAAAACCCCAUCGUAUAAUACCGAUCAAAUUAACGUGUGAUCAAUUUAUAUAGAUAUAUAAUAUGUUAUAAUAUAUAUAAACACAAGCAUAGAAAUAAGCGUUAAUUAACCAUAAAUCAUAAAUUAUUUUAUACGUCAAGUAAGUAAUAGAUUACACGCCGCAUGUUUUGUGCAAAUUCAUUUCGUUAAGUUUACACGUAUAGUGUACAUACGCUUAAGGCUAAUUUUGUAAAUAUAUAUAGAAAUUAUGUAAUAAUAUAACGUUAUGCAUUAAUCACUAUCAUAGGCGUAAUGAAAUACCGCGAUUUUAAUACGGACGGGCUUAUUUAAGUAAGGCAUGGCCAAGAGAUUCGAGACUCGAGCUCAAUAUUAAACCGUAUAGAAUCAUCGUACCACACACGUAAUAGAUUAUACGUAUACAAAUACAUAAAUUGCAUUUGACACGUAUAAUUAAACUUCGUAUUUCUUAAAUGUCAUUUGCAUAUCAUUCGGAAAUUACCAUGACGAUUAUUAAUUUUUACUGUAAUUAAAGGUCUCGUGAAACAAA